GUACGGCAGCUAGGCGGAAAUUUGCGUCCGCACAGUUGCGCAGGCGCUGAGCAGUGCUGCCUCUGCGGCUCGCCAAAUCACUCUGUGUUCGACCGCGAAACUGCGCGCGCGCCUCAAUACCUUAAAAUAAUACGGCCUUAUCACUAGUGCUUUUACAAGAUUGAUAAGAUUGUUACAUCAUUGUGUGAUAAGAAACAUUCAAGUCCGAUACGGCUCGCGGGCGGACAGUACAUGGAAAUGCUUAGGCUGAUGUGUAAUUAAGUUUGAAGACAACAUACUACAUUGUUGGUAGCACCAGCGUUAUUGUACUAGAAAUUGUCGAAUGUCGCGGCAUGCACUAUGGGGACGACGAAAAGGCUGAAGAUUACUGUCGUGGGCGACGGUAUGGUCGGCAAAACCUGCUUGCUGUAUGUCUAUACAAAAAAUGAGUUCCCAGAAGAAUAUGUGCCUACAGUGUUUGACAACUACGUGGACCGCAAAGUGGUGGAUGGCGAGGAGGUGGAAAUGGCGCUGUGGGACACGGCUGGCCAGGAGGACUACGAGAGGCUGAGGCCUUUGUCUUACAGCAACACGCAUUGUUUCCUGGUGUGCUACUCCGUCAGCAGCCGCUCGUCCUACGAGAACGUGAUCCACAAGUGGUAUCCGGAGCUCAAGCACUUCAGCGAGGCCGUGCCUAUAGUUUUAGUAGCUACCAAAAUCGACCUUCGAGGGACAGACAAGGCUGUCAUUACUACUCAAGAAGGGAAAAAAUUAAAGAAAAAAAUUAGGGCUGCCCAACUAGUGGAGUGUUCGGCAUUGGAGCGCCUCAACAUGGAUCUCGUGUUCGAGGAGGCGGUGCGCGCGGCGCUGCGCAAGAAGCCCGUGCGGGCGCGAGCCUGCAACUACCUCUGACCGCCCGCCAGCCCUGAAGCCCAGCAUUCACUCGCAAUCCAGUACCUAGGAUUAGUCGCUGGCGACAAAUCCGGAUUAUCUCUGAGCGACAAAUCCUUCACUCACCGAAAUUGUAACAUCAAACCACGAGUCGAGGGACGAGAGACAAUACCAACUCACGCAUAAAUGCGCGCGUGGAAUUAGUCGCCCAAUUUUUCAGUAUUACAAAGGCUCAAUUUUACACUAUUAGUAUUCAUGGCAAUUAUAGUAUUUGUACGUCAAGGGCUCGAUAAACCACAAAAACGAGUAUGUAUGCAGUCUAUGUGCAACGACGGAUUGAAAACUGUGGCACGUGAGAGGUAAAAGUAAAUAGGAUUAGUAAAUUCCAUGCUGGGCUCUUAUUUACACUUUUUAAAAUUUGUGUGCAUGACUUUGACUACAGCUUAAUAGACACAAGGUGUCAUGAGAAGCGUCGUACUGUAUAUCGUUGGCCUCGACGCACAACGCGCCAUAUCUUCGUUUUGAAACUAUUGACAAUUUGACAUACUUAACUAUUAUGUAUAUAAUAUACUUAUUAAACCUCUGGACGGUCAUACAAAUACAUAUUAUAGACUGGCUGUGGCUGACCUGGUGUCAGAAGCAGAAGGAGCCAAAAACCUCGACGUAGGUACGUUUCUUCUGGCCGCUAUCAUACAAGAUGCUCCGCUGACAUCAACUGUUCGCCAAUCUAUUAAGUAGGCAUAUAAUAAUUAUGUAUUUCCAGGCGUGGCUCACUCCGCGAUUUCGUCGCUUUGCUACAGGUAGCUAAAAGUACAUCCGUUCGACCCCAAUUUUGGGGUUUGCCAUAAGCCGCCCGUGGCGCUGUCGCCACCUAGCGGCGAUAUCUGUGCUGAUCGUGACAGACGCGUUUUGUUAGAGAGUGAGUCUUCUGUACCUAGUACUAUUAUUUAUUCUGUGGUAUUACUCGAAAAUUAAUAUCUAUUUGAUUUUGGCAUGUUAAGAGUUAUGUCGAGGUGUUUUAACCAAAGUAUUGAAAUAAUUGCGAGUAUUAAGUUAUCACAAUAUAGUCUUAUGUUUUAAGAUACGCUGCUAGUAUCUGAACAUUUUGUAUUAACUAUGAGCAUUUGUAUUAUUAUUAAUUAAAUAAGUUUCACCAUGUAAAGUAAUACUGCCUU